UCCUCAUCUCUUACCUCGAUCCCCUGUUCCGCCGCCGCCCAACCCGAGCGCUGGCCGCUGGCCGCAUCGCCGCCACAGAGAAGUCACGCCGCCGCCGCUCGAGUCCACACCCAGCGUCCCAUCCGCUCGAUUCCAUACCUCCAUCCGCCGCUCUAGUCCACAGCCCACGCCGCCUCCAAUCGGCGCUCGAAUCCACUCGUCCACCGGCCGCAAGAUCUGCCGCCCGUGUCCACGGACGGAAGACAGGGAGACGGCGGGAGCGCAGGACAUCACCUCCGCCCGACCAUUACCUUGGACGCUGCUUCUCCACAAUCUGGCGGCGGGGGCCGCUACUUCUCCACGUCGUCAGACCACGGCAGCUAAGGUUUGAGAGAUCGAGCUUCAGAACUCCCUGCUGUGCCUCUCUUUUAAUUUUGUCUUUAAAGGACCACACGACGCGUUCCAUUACAUAAUAGUACUGGGUAUAUCGCUGGAUCAUAAUGUUCAGAAUUCAGAAUUCCAUUGCCUUCACACAGUGCCAAUUGUGUUUCCCAUAACUUGUGAAAAACUAACCUGCCACAUCUCAAUGCCUUGUUGUGCUGUUAGAGCUGCAAAUGAAAUCUUGCAUUUAUAGCGUUGUGAGUCACAACGCAUACUGCAGAAUAUGAUGUCGACUUUGGCUUAGCUCAGUAUUACAAAAUUAUUCCGAAAUCAAUAUGCAUGCUGCAACAUUAUCAUUUAGAUCAGGAUGUAUUCCUGAGAACCCCAAUCCUCUGUCUGCAACCAUUAGAACAGACAAUUUUAUUACCUCUGUCAUAAAAGGCACAACCAUGUAUUUUGCGUUGAGGCCAUCAGUGCGAAAUUAAUUAUGUAUUAUAAUAAAUAAGUUGUUUGAAAGUACUGAUGGUUCAAUACAAUUUCAACUUUUUAGCAUUAUAAUAAAUUCACUAAUGACAUUUGCUACUUUAACACAACGAGUCGAUGGAUCUAACAGCCAUUAAAAAGUUACUCAGUUCUCGUAGACCAAGUGCAGACUACUUGGCUGGCGUAGAUGGUUUCCUUGAUUUUGCAUACAUUGGAAAAAGUUCAGAUGCCAAGAUCCAUUGUCCAUGCGUCAGAUGUGUCAAUAGGAACUUGUUGAAGCGAGACACCGUAUAUGAUCAUUUGGUGUGUAAUGGAAUGCUACUUGGAUACACAGUUUGGGGUUGUCAUGGUGAAACUGCAGGAUACAUCUCCUCUAACAAACGAAAAAGGUCAAAACAGGAAGGCAUAAACUCUAAUAUGCGCCAGCUAGUCCAUGAUGUUUUCGGGAACAUAGAUAAUGGGUCUCAAGUGAAUGACUUCGAUGACCCAAACCCUCCAGAACAUGGACCAGAUCCUGAAACCCAAUCUUUUUAUGACUUGUUGAGAGAUGCAGAUGUACCUUUGUGGGACGGGUGUGAACUAUCAAAAGUUUCUUUCCUUGUGCUUCUGUUCAACAUAAAAUCCAGUAACAAGUGGAGUAAUAAAUCUAUAAAUGAUUUGCUAGCAGUUCUACAACAAGCAAUUCCAAAUGGCAAGAAUUUACCUGGAACUUUUGCCAAGGCCAAGAAGAUCAUUGGAAAGCUUGGGCUUAGUUAUGAGAGAAUUCAUGUUUGUGAAAAAGAUUGUCAGCUUUUUUGGAAAGAGAAGGCUAAUGAUGACUUUUGCUCAGUAUGUGGAGCAUCAAGGUGGAAAAACAAACCUGAUAAAACCGUGCUAACUAACAAGGAAAGGAAAAAAGCAACCCCGAAGAAGGUGCUCCUGUACUUCCCUAUUAAGCCAAGGCUUAAGAGGAUUUUUAUGCACAAGGAAACUGCUAUAGCAUUAAGAUGGCAUGAUGAGGAACGCAUAAAAGAUGGAGCAUUGCGACAUUUAGCUGAUUCAGCGGCAUGGAAGGAGAUUGACUCUAAGUAUAAGCACAUCAGAUCAGAUUCUCGAAAUAUUAGAUUCAUAAUCACAGCUGAUGGAUUUAAUCCGUUUGGUAAGCUGAAUAGUAAACAUAGUUGCUGGCCUGUUGUCCUAGUACCAAAUAACCUUCCACCAUGCUUGUGCAUGAAGGCAUCUUCUCUUAUGCUCACUCUGCUUAUUCCUGGUCCAACUUACCCUGGAAAGAAUUUCCAUGUAUUCAUGCAACCAGUUUAUGAAGAACUAACCGAGCUGUUUAUGGUAGGAACACAUACAUAUGAUGCAUCUCGAGGUGAGAUGUUUCAACUUUAUGUUGUUGUGUUGUCUACUGUGAGUGACUACCCCGGGCUAGCUCUCUUUGCAGGAUAUAGCGUAAAUGGUGAGUUUGGUUGUUUUCCAUGUCGUGAUGAAACAUGUUCUAAACGCUUGAAAUAUGGGCAGAAGUACUGUUUCAUGGGGCAUCGCCGAUUUCUGCCCCCAGAUCACAAAUUCCGUUUUGAUGCUAGAUCGUUUGAUGGUUCUGAAGAACAUAGAGCGGCACCUAGUGCUUAUGCGGAAACUAGAGUUGUAGAUCAAAUAAAAUCAAUUUCAGAUUUUCAGAAAUCCAAAACAUGGAAGUGUGUCAGUGGCCUAUUCAAUUUGCCUUAUUGGGACUUCAAUUUACUUCGUCACAAUCUUGAUAUCAUGCAUAUUGAGAAGAACGUAUGUGAAAACAUAUAUGGAACACUUCUAGGAAUAGAAGGCAAGUCCAAAGAUAAUUUAAAGGCACGACAAGACCUACAACACAUGAACAUUAAACGAGAGCUGCAUCCACAAAAAAACCUAAUGAUAAGUAUUAUCUGCCACCUGCUUCCUAUAACCUAUCUAAAGAAGGGAAGCAACAAUUUUGCAAAGUCCUUCAUGGUGCAAGGGGUCCGAAUGGGUUUUCAGGAAACAUCUCAAGAUGUGCAAAUGUUGUUCAAGGGAGAAUCUCAGGCCUUAAAAGUCAUGAUUGUCAUAUACUAAUGCAACACUUUCUACCACUUGCUAUUCGAGGUCUACUCCCAGAUCAUGUCACAUCUGUGUUGUUCGACCUGUGUGGGUAUUUUAGAGAAGUGAGUGCAAAAGUCCUAUACAUCAGCGAUCUUGAGAAGUUGGAGGAGCGAAUCAUAAUGACAUUAUGUCAUAUGGAGAGAAUAUUCCCACCAGGUUUUUUCACUGUUAUGGUGCAUUUGGUUAUGCAUCUAGCAACGGAGGCAAAAAUAGGUGGUCCAGUGUGCUACCGUUCGAUGUGGUUUGUGGAAAGGUAUAUAGGUAAGCUGAAGUCAAAUGUCCGUAACAAAGCUCGUCCCGAAGGAUCUAUCGCUGAAGCAUUUUUGGCAGAUGAGUGCAUGACAUUCUGUUCAAGAUAUAUUGUCGGUUUUGAGACCAAACAUAACUUGCCUUCGCAGAACGAAGAUAACGACGAGUGGGUUGGGCAUCAUGAUAUUGCACAUGGAUCAAGAUUAUUUCCACAUUCUGGCAAUCCACUUGGAAAUCCUAGGAAUUAUGUACUGAGCGGUGUGGAAAAAGUACAGGCACAUAGUAUGUCUUGUUCAAUUGCUCUGAUGUGAAUUCAUACCUUAGGGCUCAUGCUGAUGAGAUCACUAAUGGACGCAAUUUAAACCCUGAUGUUGUCGAGAGGAUUCAAAAUGAUAAGUUCCACGAAUGGUUCCAAGCUCAUGCGAAUCAAGUGUUAUAUGUGGAAGAUGAAUUGAAUCCAGGUUGGUCUGUGGUAAUGAAGUUGCCAAAGCCUAGAGAUGUAUAUGACUUAGGCAACUUGGAAUGGGAAGUGCAGACAGAAAAUGAGCCAUUCCAUGUUUCACAGCUUGGAGAGAGUUUGAAAAUAAAGAACAAUGAAGAACAUUGGGUUAGAACAGACGUUGAGGGGACAAUAGUGGAUGCUAAUAAUGCUUCGAGCAACGAAGAAUAACUGAGGUUCAGACUGCGUGCUACAUGGAGGGGGUGGUCGGCUGUGUGCUUUGUGUUAGUACAAAACAGCCUACUCUUUUCUGCUUGCUGGCUUUCUGUUGACUACUUGACCAACUUGCUUGGUGAUAUACUGCUGUCUGAGACCAUGUGUUGGUCAAAACAUAGUAUACUCUUAUAUUCAUGCUUGGUAAUUCGGUCAGCUGCAACACCACAUGCUUGUUUGGAACAUCAUUUUGUACUUUGGUCAACAACAGUUCAGAAUUGAGAUACACGCAGUUUCUUUGGAACUUUAUUUUUGUAUACAUUGGUUAACAGUUUAGAA